CGGUGACGUCGCCGCGGUGCAUGACGGGAAUCGUAGUCUACCGCUUCUUCCUGUUCUCUGACUGCGGCAGUGAGUUCAGGUCAGUUCGUGUUUGGAAACAAGAAAAAACUCCAUAAACAGCCUAUGUCUGUGUUCGAGUCGUCUAGUGCCUUCAGCAGGCCCAUCUCUGCAGUGGCCUGGGCGUCAAACGCCAGCACCUGCCCCGCUCAGUUCAUCCUGAUCACUCAGACCGAAGAUGGAGCCUCUGCUAACUUCAUCCGGGGGUUUGCAAUCAAGUCAGGAUACUAUCUGUGUUACAGUAAGGAUCUGUCCCGUGGGAUGGUGGUGGCAGAUGUGCAGGUGAUUACGGAUAAAGAGACGAUUCCUCACGGUUACUGCUACAUCCCAGAAUUCCUGGACUCCAAGGGGUCUGUCGGGAAGAAGAAGCGCAUCUGUGUGCGGAUCGUUCCUGUGGGCAGCGUUACGACGGCUGUUCUAGAUCUCAAACUGACCGCCAGGAAUAAGACCAUGGUGCAGCAGUACACCUGCCUGGGGGACAUGAAUGGCUUCGUGGUGUGGUGUCUAAAGGGCCCGUUCUCCGCUCCGGCUCCUCAGGCCAAGCCUCGCAGUGUCAGUCUGGACAUGCGCAGCCUCUCUCUGGAAGGAAGCGGACCCCCGCAGCCUCUCAAACCCAGCAACCACCCUGAAGCCCCACCGAAAAUCAGCCGUCGGCGCAGCAAGCUGGACACCAGCAGCUCGACGGAGGCCGUGUGUGACAGCGGGAACCACAGCAGCAUCUACGGCAUCACAGCCAUGGAUGGAGUUCCUUUCUCUCUACACCCGAAGUUUGAGUCUCAGUCUAACUCAAAGGUGUCUGUGAGCACGCUGAGCGACAUCCGUAUCAAAUCAGUGCAGGACAUCGAGAACGAGUAUAACUACACGUUUGCGGUGGAGGAGCUGGCAGCGAGGAGAAUCUGUCCUUCAGUGAGCGGCUGAAAGCGUUCCUCCCUCGAGUCCUGCCUCUGAUCACCAAGCCACACAAUCCUCCUGUUCUUCUGAAGUUCGAGCCGAACUCACACUACAGCUUUCGCGGGGCUGGUUCUGGGCGGUCUCCUUCUCUCUUUUCUUCUCUGGGUUGGUUGAACGUGAAGGAUUUCUUCAUGCAAACACAUUAUGUGCGUGUUUCUGCAUGUUACAGCUUUGCGUUUUUCACAACAGAUGAACCAAAGUGCCUUCUCCGCAGAGAUGUGUGCGUCCUUUUAUAAGACCAAAUAUUUUAUGUAUCUGUUUUGGGAUUUUUAGCUGCAGUUUAGUAUUUAAAAAGUGUGGUUACACUAAUAUUUUGUAUUUAUCGUAUGAAAACUAAGUUUCGUGGGGACCAAAAAACAUCUUUAAACAUUCUUAAAACUGUUGUAUAAUGUCAUACUGCGGUGCUCUGUGAGUUACUCUUUGUAAACAUUUGUACUUGCUUUCUUCAAAUCUGCCUUUUUGUGAAAUUUUAAUAAAAAUGAUCGAAUCCUGA